AUGGCGAGAUCGAGUUCGGCUCGGGGCAAGAGCCCGCAGCCGCCGACCGUAACCGCAACCACAACCAAGAGCAAAGCAAAGAGCACUUCGUACAAGUCUGACGGCGUUGAAGACAACGACAUCUUCCUUCUUCCCGCCUCCGACUAUGUUGUGUCUCUCCUGCUGACCUUGUUGGCGGCCAUUGUUCGCGUCUUUCGAAUCUAUCAGCCUAGUAGCGUCGUUUUUGACGAAGUGCACUUUGGCGGCUUCGCAUCGAAAUACAUCAAGGGCAAAUUCUUCAUGGACGUACAUCCACCACUGGCCAAGAUGCUUAUUGCAUUGACCGGCUGGCUGGCUGGCUUUGAUGGCAACUUUGACUUCAAGGAAAUUGGCAAAGAUUACCUUGAGCCUGGCGUCCCCUACGUGUCUAUGCGCUUGUUCCCCGCCAUCUGCGGUAUCUUGUUGGUUCCGUGCAUGUUCUUUACCCUCAAGGCUGUCGGUUGCCGUACCAUGACCGCUGCAAUGGGUGCUUCUCUCAUCAUCUUUGAAAAUGGCCUCCUCACCCAAGCUCGAUUGAUUCUGCUCGACUCCCCGUUGGUCGCCGCGACUGCCUUCACCGCCCUCGCCUUCUCCUGCUUCACGAAUCAACAUGAACUUGGCCCUGCCAAGGCAUUCCAGCCUGCAUGGUGGUUCUGGCUUGCCAUGACCGGACUUGGUUUGGGUAUCACCGUCAGCAUCAAAUGGGUUGGUCUGUUCACCAUUGCCUGGGUAGGCGCAUUGACUCUGCUACAGCUCUGGGUUCUCCUGGGCGAUAACAAGAACGUCACCAUGCGCCUUUGGUCCAAGCACUUGAUGGCGAGAGCUUUCUGCCUCAUCAUCAUUCCCAUCACCUUCUACAUGGCCAUGUUUGCCAUCCACUUCCUUUGCUUGGUCAACCCCGGUGAUGGUGACGGUUUCAUGAGCUCCGAGUUCCAAGCCACUCUCAACAACAAGGGAAUGAAUGAUGUUGCCGCUGAUGUCGCUUUUGGAAGCCGCGUGAGCAUCCGUCACGUCAACACUCAAGGCGGCUAUCUGCACUCUCACCCGCUCAUGUAUCCCACUGGUAGCAAGCAACAGCAAAUCACCCUGUACCCUCACAAGGAUGAAAACAAUGUCUGGCUUCUCGAGAACCAGACGCAGCCCCUUGGUGUUGAUGGCCAGCCUCUCAACGGCACCCACGUCUGGGACAACCUCCCUGGCGGCCCUGUAUUUAUUGAAGACGGAGCGGUUCUGAGACUGUACCACACACCCACUUUCCGCCGACUGCACUCUCACGAUGUCCGCCCACCUAUUACCGAGGCCGACUGGCAGAACGAGGUUUCUGCUUACGGAUAUGAAGGUUUUGAGGGCGACGCCAAUGACUACUUCCGUGUCGAAAUCGUCAAGAAGCAGUCCCAUGGGGCUGUGGCUAAGGAGCGGCUCAGGACUAUUGAAACCAAGUUCCGUCUUGUCCACGUCAUGACUGGCUGUGUCCUGUUUUCUCACAAGGUCAAGCUUCCCGACUGGGCCUCUGAGCAACAGGAAGUUACCUGCGCGCGCGGCGGCAGUGUACCCAACAGUCUGUGGUACAUUGAACACAACGAGCACCCCCAGCAUGACGAAAACACACCCAAAGUCAACUACCGCAACCCAGGCUUCUUUGGCAAGUUUUUGGAGCUCCAGCAGGUAAUGUGGACUACUAACGCGGGUCUGACUGAGUCCCAUGCCUGGGACUCUCGCCCUGAGUCUUGGCCUAUUCUCCAACGAGGUAUCAACUUCUGGGGUAAGAACCACACCCAGAUUUACCUCAUUGGCAAUCCUAUUAUCUGGUGGGCCUCCUCCAUCACCAUCGUUGUCUGGGUUUUGUUCAAGGGUGUCGCCAUUCUGAGAUGGCAGCGCAGCUGCAACGACUAUGCCAACCCAACCUUUAAGCGAUUUGACUACGAGUUGGGUACCUCAAUUCUUGGCUGGGCCUUGCAUUACUUUCCUUUCUACCUCAUGCAGCGUCAGCUCUUCCUCCACCACUACUUCCCUGCAUUGUAUUUUGCCAUCAUCGCUCUCAGCCAGCUGUUUGACUUCUUGACUGUUCGAUUCCCCGGAGUCAAAUCCAAGGACGCGGCUAUUGUCAAUAAAGCGGCUACCAUGCUCUUCCUUGUUCUGUCAAUCGCUGUUUUCUCUCUGCUGGCCCCUCUUGCCUACGGCAACAGCUGGACCAAGGACGAUUGUAAGCGAGUCAAAUUGUUCAACACAUGGGAUUGGGACUGCAACAACUUUUUUGACCGCUAUGAUCAGUACAGUUCUCUUGGUUCAGGAGAUCCGAGCUCCUCGGCUUCCGAUAUUCCCAGUAUCCCCAGCUCUCCUGUCCCCGCUAGUGAAGAGGAACAGCACAAAUUAGUUGUUGACGACGCUGGAGUCUCGGACAAGCCUGAGCCAUCCGCCAAGAUUCUCAGCCAAGAAGAGAAAAUUGAGUACCGCGACCAAGACGGCAACCUCCUGGAUGACGAACAAGUCAAGAAGCUCCAAGGCAAAGUUAAAUUCGAGACUAAAUACGAGACCCGAACCCGUGUUGUCGACGAGCAGGGCAACGAGCUGCCUGCCCCCGACGGCGGGUGGCCCUCCGACAUGGUUGCGGGCGUAGCCCCUCCCCAUCCGGAUGUCCAGGGCGUCGACCAAGAGACGGUCAAGGGCGAGCACGCCGAAGCUCCCAAGGAUGCAGCUGCCAGCCGUGAUGGCGAGAAGGAAGCCGAGCGGUCCAAAGCCAAGCCCGCCAGCGAAGGCCAAGAAGCCACUGUCCGUGACGAAUUGUAA